GUCGCGUUGGAGCAAUGUCAUGACGCAGACUGAUGACGCACAGCUCCAUUUAGGGUCGAAUUGAAAACACGUCUUUGGGGUCAGAAAAAAGCUGAACCAUGAACUGGAAUAAAGGUGGGCCAAGUGGCAAGCGAGGUUUUGGGUUCGGGGGGUUUGCUCUCGGGGGACUGGGAGCCGGAGGAGGCGGAGGUGGAGGAGGGAAAAAAGAAGAGCCCAGGCUGCCCCACAACUCCCACACGUCGUUCGUUCCGGCAGGAUCCGCUAGUGGAUACGGCAAGAACCAGCAGCUCCCCUCGUUUUACAAAAUCGGAACCAAAAGAGCAAAUUUCGACGAAGAGAAUGCGUAUUUUGAAGAUGACGAGGAGGAGGCUGGGAGCGGUGUGGAUCUGCCGUACAUACCGGCCGAGAACUCCCCGACCAGGCAGCAGAUGCAGCCGGGCGGGGGCUCCGACAGCGAGGACGACCCCCUGGAUGCUUUCAUGGCAGAGGUUGAGAGCCAAGCCGCCAAAGACAUGAGGAAGCUGGAGGAGAAGGAAAAGGAGAAGAACGCUGACAAGGGUAUUCGCGAUGACAUUGAAGAAGAAGAUGAACAAGAGGCUUAUUUCCGCUACAUGGCAGAGAACCCCAACGCGGGCCUGAGUCUGGAGGACGAGGACGACCAAAUCGACUACGACAGCGAUGGCAACCCCAUCCCUCCGACCACGAAGAAGAUCAUCUUGCCGCUCCCGCCCAUAGACCACUCGGAGAUUGACUAUCCGCCGUUCGAGAGGAACUUCUACAACGAGCACGAAGAGCUCCACGGCCUGAACGCCAUCCAGGUGUCGGAGCUCAGACACAAGCUGAACCUGCGGGUGUCCGGGGCCGUCCCACCCAAGCCGUCCACGAGCUUCGCCCACUUUGGGUUUGACGAGCAGCUCAUGCACCAGAUUCGGAAGUCGGAGUACACGAAGCCCACUCCUAUUCAGUGCCAGGGCGUGCCCAUAGCGCUGGCCGGUCGAGACAUGAUCGGCAUCGCCAAGACGGGCAGCGGUAAGACGGCGGCCUUCAUCUGGCCCAUGCUGGUGCACAUCAUGGACCAGAAGGAGCUGGAGCCCGGAGACGGCCCCAUCGCCAUCAUCGUGUGCCCCACCAGGGAGCUGUGUCAGCAGAUCCACACGGAGUGCAAGCGCUUCGGGAAGGCCUACUCCCUGCGCUCAGUGGCAGUGUACGGCGGGGGCAGCAUGUGGGAGCAGGCCAAAGCUCUGCAGGAGGGGGCCGAGAUCGUGGUCUGCACCCCGGGCCGGCUGAUCGACCACGUGAAGAAGAAGGCCACAUCGCUGCAGAGGGUCUCCUACCUGGUGUUCGACGAGGCCGACCGCAUGUUCGACAUGGGCUUCGAGUAUCAAGUGAGAUCCGUCGCGAGCCACGUCCGUCCAGACAGACAGACUCUCCUGUUCAGCGCCACCUUCCGCAAGAAGAUCGAGAGGCUGGCCCGCGACAUCCUGACGGACCCCAUUCGUGUGGUGCAGGGGGAUAUCGGCGAGGCCAACGAGGACGUGACCCAGGUGGUGGAGAUGCUGCUGGGCGGGGCGGAGAAGUGGAACUGGCUGACCCGGCGGCUGGUGGAGUUCACCUCGUCGGGCUCGGUGCUCAUCUUCGUCACCAAGAAGGCCAACUGCGACGAGCUGGCUGCCAACCUGAUCCAGGAGGGCCACAGCCUGGGUCUCCUGCACGGGGACAUGGACCAGAGCGAGAGAAACAAGGUCAUCGCCGACUUCAAGAAGCAGAACCUGCCCGUCCUGGUGGCCACCGACGUGGCGGCUCGUGGUCUCGACAUCCCGUCCAUCCGCACCGUGGUGAAUUACGACGUGGCGAGAGACAUCGACACGCACACGCACAGGAUCGGCCGAACCGGUCGCGCCGGAGAGAAGGGUGUGGCUUACACCCUCCUGACCAAUAAGGAUACGUCAUUCGCCGGGGACCUCGUCCGGAACCUAGAAGGGGCCAAUCAGAGCGUUUCGAAGGAGCUGAUGGACUUGGCCAUGCAGAACCCCUGGUUCAGGAAGUCCCGCUUCAAGGGCGGCAAGGGGAAGAAGAUGAACAUCGGAGGCGGCGGUCUGGGCUACCGGGAGCGGCCGGGCCUGGGGGCCGACAGCGGGGAGCGCAGCGGAGGUCUGUUCUCGUCCUCCGGGGGCUACGAGGGCUACGGCAAACCCCCCACGGGCGCCAUGGGCGACCGCAUGACUGCCAUGAAGACGGCCUUCCAGGCCCAGUACAAGAACCACUUUGUGGCCGCGUCGGGCAUCUCCCCCAAGCUCACCACCAAGUCCAACAGCUCCUCGGGCUGGACCAGCGCCGGCAGCCUGAGCUCGGUGCCCACGGAGGCCGCCGACGGGCCGGACCGCUCCCGGGGGGCCGGCUCCUCCAUGGCCCCCCCGCCGCCGUUCGCCGUGGGAACCAAGAUGGCCGGCUUCGCCAGCGCGGGCUCGCUGAGCACGGUGCCCAGCAGCCCAGGCAGCUACCCUCCCCCCCCCGCCCCGGCGUCACCGCGGGACGCCCCCCGAGACCGCCACUCCGCCACCGCCGACGACAGGGGUCGCUACGGCGACGAGGACAGGGGUCGUUACGGCGACGAGGACAGGAGUCGCUACGGCGAUGAGGACAAAGGUCGCCACGGAGACUACGACCGGGGUCGCUACGGAGAGGAGGAUAAAGGUCGUCAAGGAGACGACGACAGGGGUCGCUACGGAGACGGCCACUCCAGGCACGGCGACAGGGGCGAUCGGCACAGCGGCGGGGAGCGGGAACGCCACGGGGACCGCGAUCGGCAAGGAGACCGGGACCGCGAUCGCCACGGGGACCGCGAUCGCCACGGUAGCGCACGGCACGGCGAGGGCCGCAACGGAGACGAGGGCCGCAGGGACAGAGAUGAUUGGAGGAGCGACCGGGAGGGCGGGGACAAGCCCGCAGGACUGGAGGCCAGGCCGGCAGGAGGGGAGCCAAGGCCCGCAGGAGGGGAGCCCAAGGGGGAAGGGGGGGAGGACAGCUUCGCUAUGCCGGACCCCCCGAAGCGCAAGAAGAGCCGGUGGGACAACUGAGGCGGUCCGCCAGCCGGGACCACCGGGGAAGCAACCAACAGCUUCCCCGUCAGGACACUGGUUGGGCGGGCAGGUUGACAGGUUGCGUAUCUGGAAAGGCUGACAUCGGGGGGGGACUUAAGAGGGUACCAGGGGGAACCCCAUACCCCGACGUCCCCCGGAGAAGAGAAAGCCGUCUCCGGGUUUUAGAAGAAGUGGUCAAGGAGCCAAGUUGUGAGUGUCAGGCCGUCCUCAGCCCUAGUCGACCGUACAGGGCGAUCUUCCAGACUGUGAUUGUGGAGAGUUGAGCAAUAGAGGUGAAAUAUGUCAGCGUUCCCGUCAGGACAUGUCCGUUCACUCGUUCUCUUCGCCCAGCUGCCGCUUCCUACGCUUGCAGAACCGAUGGUGUACUCUCCUUCGUGGGUAUUUCCCAUUUGUUUGUGUGUGUAUUUGUGUUUUCUUGAACUGCAAUGCUAUCAUUUGCGACAGUUGUUAUUUUUCAUUGGCACAACACAUUUGUGGUAGGUACAUAACGAAUAAACAAGUCUUGUGUUUGAGUUUUUAGAAGUGCCUUCAUCUGGCAUAUCUCAUUGUCCAUGCUUUAAAAUUGUAUCUUCAAGCUCCGCAAAUUACCUUUUAAAGUUGUCACCAGUGAUGUUUUGAUUAAAGAACAUAUUGUCUAUUUUU